GAAAAAUCUUAGAACCCUAAUUUCGAUUUAUCUCUUCUUCCUCUGCGUUUUCAAUUUUUUUCACAAACCUAAGCUCGAAUCUAAGCUCGAAUAUGAGCAAUUCAUCUGGAGUUACGAGUGGAGCAUCAAAUGUGGGACAGAGAAGGAGAGUUGUGGGUGUGCCGAAGAUGUGUUGGUGUGGGGCUAGUAUCUCGGCAAUCAUCUCAAAAUCCACCGCCAAUCCAUACCGCCGUUACUAUCGUUGUGCUUAUGCUGCAUCACAUAAGCUUAUUGAUGAUAACCACACUUUCAAGUGGGUUGACGAAGCAUUGUUAGAUGAGAUAGAGAGAUUGGCGGUAAGAACAGCUGCACUUGAACAAACCAUUUCCCAGAUUACAUCAGAGACUAUGGAUCACCAGAAGAUGAUUUUUGAGAGGAUGCAAAUGAAGCUAGAGGAAGAGAUUUUUGAGAGAGUAGAAGCAGAACUGUUGGAAUCCAAAUCACUCAUGAAGAAAAUGUCGAUUGCUGUCAUUGUAGGUUGUAUGUUCAUGCUUGGUUUGAGUAAAGUGAUAGGCUGAAACGAGUGUAUUGGCUUGUUAUUGUUGGUUUAUGUUUGUGCUUCUAAUCCUUUUAUGUUCUUGUUGUUUUAUGUUCUUGUUGUUUUAUGUUCUUGUUGUUGUUGUAAUGUCAGUUGUUGUUGUAAUCCUUUGAUCUCUCUUUUGUUAGUCUAAUGAAAACACAAUUUGGAU